UCAGAACGUAGCUAGCCGUCGACACGUUCGGUUCUGCAGCACUCUCGAGCAUACUGGAUACAGUGGUUAAUUAUCUUCGUUGUUUAGUGUAGUUUUGUUUAAGUGUAGUGUUUUAUUUGUGACUGUCUGUUCGCUUCCCAAUGGUUGUGCUGGAAAGUGGAAUCAUGAGUUCGGGCAGUAACCAGUACCUACAGCCCGACUACCUGUCUCCGCUACCGACUACGUUGGAUGCCAAGAAGAGCCCCCUGGCGCUGCUAGCCCAGACAUGCAGUCAGAUUGGUGCCGACAACCCACCUUCCAAACCUCUGCUGUCUGCUCUGGACAAGCCCAAGAAGCCAUCAUCAGAGCGCCACAGCCCCGCCAGUGGCAGCAAACCUGCAGCUCCAGAGCCCCUCAAGACCCAGGAGCCCCGCCUAGCUUUCAAACCCUAUGAGAACAAUGUUCUGACCCGCAAGGCCGAGACCCCCAGACCCUCUUCCAAGGGACACGAGUCUGCAGAAGAAAAGAGGAAAACCCCGAGUCGCAAGUCAUCCAGUCCCCACGAUAAAUCUUCCCCAGCCCCUGCGACUGAGACCAAGUCAGUGUCCCCGGCCAACAGUGGAGCCAGCCCCAUCAUCAGGUCCGGGCUGGAGAUUCUUCAGGGUCAUCCUAAAGACAUGCCUCUGGGAACCUUCAAACCUUCUAUGGCAUCUUUCUCUGGACUCGGAGGUUGCUGUCCUCCAGGACUGGAAGCGUCCAAUCCGGCUUUCCGUCCACCCUUCGCCGGAGGACCGUUCUCCCCUCACCACGCUGCCAUGUUGGCUGGAUUCCCCUCGGCCCCUGGACCCUACGUCAGCUACGCCCGAGUCAAGACCGCAGCGGGAGGUGAAGCCCUGGUGCCCGUGUGUAAGGACCCGUACUGCACCGGUUGUCAACUGAGUAUGCACAGUGCGCUGUUGGGAGGGGGUACCUGUCCUAGUGGUUGUACACAGUGUGAUCACCAAAAAUACAAUCUAGCAGCCGCGGCAGCUCUGUCGGGUUUAGUUCCACCUCCUCACCCAUUCUCUUACCAGUCAUUGGGUCGACCUUACGUGUGCAAUUGGAUCGCAGGAGAAUCGUACUGUGGAAAGCGGUUUACAACAUCGGAUGAACUUCUACAGCAUUUAAGAACACACACCGCCUCUGCUGAGACUGCCUCACUACUGAACCCUCUCCGCUACCCCAACCCUCCGCUCAGUCCUCUGUCUGCAGCUCGUUACCAUCCGUACUCCAAGCCUGGACUACCAGGGUCUCUCGGUGCCUCUCCCUUCUCAGCGUUCAACCCCACCCUAGGACCCUACUACUCGCCCUACGCCCUCUACGGCCAGAGGUUAGGAGCUGCUGCCGUCCACCCUUGAACAUAAGUGCCCGUCGAGCUUCUGUGAUACUUCGUCCUUGCACAGUAAACUGAGUCUUUUCCGUUAUGACCAAACUCAUAAAAAUAAUCUUCUAUUUAAGUUUGCACCGCCAUAUUGCUAUGUUAUGUUUAAAGAGUGGUGCCAAAAUUUCAGUAAUUUAAUUUAUAGACUAGAAUUUAUUUAUUUUCAAAUUUGUUUAAUAUAUAAAGUAGCCUGAUAGAACCUAAGUUUCGCUCCUAACAGAGAAGACUCCAUUGCUCUCGCCCAAAGAUAUCGUUUGGUUGGUUGUUUGUGUGAUGUGAUAGACUAGUGAACAGAACGAUUAUGAUAAUGAUAUGUCGUGAUUGGUGAAACUGUCAAAUGGAUCUUGUUAUUUGGUAAAUAUUUUCUCAAUACUGUCGAGAUUAUUUUGUAACUAUUGUACAUAUUAUAAAUACGUUUAUCUAUACUGUUGAGUUCUAUCUCUGCUUUAUUAAACUGAAAUGUUGUUUUGAAA